CCCGCACUGCGGGGACAGGCGCGGAGCCGCCCUGGGCUCGUGGCGAUCGCUGGCGGUGACCUGGGACGCGCGGGCGGGCGAGAGGGAGGGAUGGCGCGACUCCGGGGCCGGUAGCGCGGUGGCGGGCACCACGGGAAAGCCAUGGCCCGGCGGCGGCGCCGUGCCUGCAUCGCCCUCUUCUUGGUGCUGCUCUUCGCUUUCGGUACGCUAAUGGGGCUGCGCACGCUCAAGGCCCCGGACGGGCUGCCCGCGCUGGGCCCGGGCCCGGAGCUAGCACCCUUCGAGCGGCGUCCGGAGGGGAACCCCGCGCCCGCCCGCGCCCCGGCUGCCCCCGCCGCGCCUCCGCCUCCGCUGCCGCGCACCUCCGCCCCCCGCGCCUCGGUGGGCCUGGCCGAGGCCGAUCCCGCGCCCAGGCAGAGCCUGCGGGUCUACUCAGACCUGCACGCCUUUUACUAUUCGUGGUACGGGAGUCCCCGGCGCGAGGGCCACUACAUCCAUUGGGACCAUGUCAUGGUGCCGCACUGGGACCCCAAGAUCUCGGCCAGCUACCCGCGUGGCCGCCACAGCCCUCCAGAUGACUUGGGCUCCAGCUUCUACCCCGAGCUGGGGCCUUACAGCUCACGGGACCCCGACGUGCUACGAGAGCACAUGACACAGCUCAAAGAAGCUGCCAUAGGGGUUUUGGUUCUCUCCUGGUACCCACCUGGCAUGGCUGAUGAUAAUGGGGAGCCCUCAGAUGACCUGGUACCUGCCAUUCUGGAUACUGCCCAUCAGUACAACAUCCAGGUGGCCUUCCAUAUCCAACCCUACAAGGGCCGGGAUGACGUCACUGUCCACGACAACAUCAAGUACAUCAUCGACACGUACGGCUCCCACGGCGCCUUUUACCGUUAUAAGAACAGCAUGGGCAAGAGCCUCCCACUCUUUUACAUCUACGACUCCUAUCUGACACCCCCCGAGGCCUGGGCCCACCUCCUGACACAGAACGGGCCCCACUCGAUCCGCAACACUCCCUAUGACGGGGUCUUCAUAGCUCUUCUGGUGGAGGAGGGCCACACCCAUGACAUCCUUGCGGCAGGAUUUGAUGGAAUGUACACCUACUUUGCUUCCAAUGGCUUCUCCUUCGGCUCCUCCCAUCAGAACUGGAAAGCGGUGAAGAACUUCUGUGACACCAACAACCUGAUGUUCAUUCCUAGCGUGGGGCCUGGGUAUAUCGACACCAGCAUCCGGCCCUGGAACAACCACAAUACUCGGAACAGGGUCAACGGCAAGUACUACGAAACAGCCCUGCAGGCGGCCCUGACCGUGAGACCCGAGGUCGUCUCCAUCACCUCUUUCAACGAGUGGCAUGAGGGCACACAGAUUGAGAAGGCUGUUCCCAAGAAGACGCCAACUCGCCUGUAUUUGGACUACCUGCCUCACCAGCCCAGCCUGUAUUUAGAGCUGACCCGCCGCUGGGCAGAGCACUUCGUCAAGGAAAAGGAGCAAUGGCUGAUGUGAGGGGCUACCACCCAAACCUCAACAGGUCACCAAGCUGGUCCAGCUGAGGAUAUAGACACAAGUCUCAAGGAGCAACUGGG